GAGUAAAAUAGAUAAUACGAAGAAACAAUAAAAAAUAUGUAAUUUUUGCUGGCAAAUAAUUAAAAAGGGAAACAAAGUUUUUUGAGUAUACUUUCAAUUCAGUGGUGCUGAAAUUACGAGUAUAUUCGAAGCCUGAAAACGAAUCUUUAAUUGGUUUGCUUAGGUGCAGCUCACUGUACAAACAGAAAAAUGGGUCUUUGCAAGUGCCCUAAACGGCAGGUGACGAAUCAGUUCUGUUUUGAACAUCGGGUCAACGUAUGUGAGAAUUGUAUGGUGCAAAAUCACCCAAAGUGUAUUGUUCAAUCAUAUUUGCAAUGGUUGCGUGACAGUGAUUAUGUUGCCAAUUGUACGUUGUGUUCGAUGACACUGGAGCAAGGUGAAUGUGUACGUUUAGUAUGUUACCAUGUAUUCCAUUGGGAUUGCUUGAAUGCUCGGCAAUCUUCAUUGCCAGCCAAUACUGCGCCACGUGGACACCAAUGCCCAAUAUGCGAUACCGAGAUAUUUCCAAAUAUGAAUUUGGUUUCGCCUGUAGCGGAUGCUUUGAAAGCCUACUUGUCACAAGUAAACUGGGGGCGUAACGGUCUAGGUCUUUCUUUGUUGCCUGCUGAUCAGUCAGUCACAAGUGCAAAAGCGAAAGCUCACAGCUUAACCAAUACCGCAGUAUCUUCUGCACACACAUCGGCAGUGAGUAAUAUGACAAAGGUGCAUCAUUCCAAUAAUAUUGAUCGUUCAAAAGCAAAUGGAGUUUUCUCAACACAAACCAUGCGUCAUGACAGUCCACAUUCUGUACUCCUAAUGGAUACCUUUAGUCCUCCAACGGAAAGUGAUGUUCAUGCAAGCAGUAGACGACCUCUAUUACCACGUCAGUCACCAAUUGGUGGCACUGAUCGCGACGAAAACAAGUACAAACGUCGUACGCCUUCAGAGAUUUUUUCACGCUGGUCGCGUCGAUUCUAUGCGCCCUCUUCGCGCCCACCUUGGCGGCGUAAUUGGUUUAUGAUAUUUUGCGGCGCUCUGACAUUUUUGGCAUUUCUCUAUUUAAUGGCACAUUUUGGUCGCGGUGGUGACAAUGAUGCACUCGACGACAGUUGGAAUGAUCCCAACCCUAACCAAAAACAAAAUUUGCAUUACGACUAAUAAAAACAAAUCAUGAAGUUUUAUUAUUAAUGCGAUUGCGAAUCGAUGAUAACUGAUAUAAUAUCAGAGAAGAUUAAUACCAAGUAAUUCAAUAAAAACUGGUAACCCAUUUUAUAUAAAUAAAAUUAUAAUUACUAUUAAA